UCCAUUCACCGCGUGCGCCUCUUGACUUGUCCUGCUUUCUCAUCAUCCUCUGUCUCCAUCCUCUCUCAUCCAACAAAACCAUCCCCCUUUUUUCAACACCAUCAUGAACUUGCUGGUGGUGCUCGCCCUCGUGCCCCUGAUAUGGCGGCUCGCCAUCCAAUUCCUCCCAGCUCAGUGGACAGAGCUCUACGCCUACUGGGACGCGGACGUCCUCAACGACGGGCUCGCUCGCUGGACUAACAUGGGAUACUGGGAUGACGCCUCGUCGUUCUCAGAAGCUGGCGAGGCGCUCGCGCGGCGCCUUCUGUCCUUCGCGAACGUACCUCGUCUCGACAACGUGCUUGACGUGGCCCACGGCUCCGGCGACAGCCUCUUGCUCCACCUGGAAUCCAAUCCGAAGCAUCUCACGGCAAUCGCCUCGUUACCAUCUGACACGGAGAUGGCACAGGAGCGCGUGAACCAGUGGUUCCUCGAGCAUGCGGGCAAGACUGACAUUACGUGGUACACGGGCUCGGCGAGCGUUCGCCCGAAUAAGGACUUUGACCACCCGCUGUACCCGAUGCGCGGGUUCCUCGGCGAGUCAAGCAGCCAAGCGGAGGGCGAGGAGGCGGAGCAGGUUGUGUUCGACGACCACGAUGAGACUGCGGCCCCGAAGGCGGUCGAGCACAAGCCCCUCCCCGGUUCUGAACCCUACGACCUUGUUUACAUCCUCGACGCGCUCUACCACUUCCCGCCCUCGCGCGGAUCCUUCGUGGACUCGGUUCUGCCCAACCUGAGGCCAGGCGGCGUGCUCGCGUACACGGACAUUCUGGCGCCGCCAUCAUACGCCGCCUUUCCUGGCAAGCUUUUCGCCAAUUUCCUCUCCAUGAUGCUCCGUGUUCCUGCGGCCAACCUCGCCGCGGGGCUGACUGUAGAGGAGUACGAGGCCCGCCUCCGAAACGCAGGCUACAAUGCCAAGGUCGAAGAUUGGACGGCGCACGUGCUCCCCGGCUUUUCCGCCAAUCUCAAGGGCCGCGGAGGCGUGUGGUGGUUGACGGGCUGGCUGGUGGAGAAGGGGGCGGACAACGGAUGGAAGUGCGUUGCGGUGCGCGCGCAGCGACCUCUGUAG